CUGCAGGAUGGUUCCGAGGAGGAAGAGGAGGAGAAGCCGAGAAAGAGAAAGAAGCACAGCAAGAAGGAUCCGACAUUGAUUUCAAUCCGAGAUAUUUUGUCGAAAGUCGAUCAGGUACCUUCCACAACACCUAUACCUUUGCCAUUGCCUCCCACACCUAUUCAAUCAGGAGUGUCUCAACGCACUUUCGGUUCUCUGCCCGUGGUGCAAAGCGAUACCGGCUUGACUCCAUCCAAUGUGCGACCACAAUACGUAUACCAACCGAUUGUGCAGCCCGAUGGAAAGACAUACUACCAACAAGUCUUGGUUCUCCCUGGACGGGUGCUACCAAGUGGCGUUGUGCCCUCAGGUUCUUCAUCAAUUCUGAAGUCUUCAUUCAUUCAAGAGCGACCAGUUGACCCUAAGGUAAGGAGCCCAUUUACGCCAUAA